AAGUGGUUAAUUGACUUCCUGGUUAAUUAUUAACAGUUGUGAUUUAUUAAAUAAAGCUAUCAUAAAAUUAAAAAAGAAAGUAAAAAUUUCAAAGUAAUUCUCAAAAUGGCUGAUUAUCACAAAACCUAUAUCGAAUCUCAUUUAAUACCAGAAAUUCUUAAGCAACUGGAUAAGGAGGAAUUAGUUUCAUAUACAGCGGAGCAUUGUGGGGGAUUGGAUGGUUUUAUGUCCGCACUGUACAAUAUAAGCCUGAAGACCAAAGAAGGAAAAGGGGAAAAGGAACGCUUAUUAAUAGCGAAAUUCAUGAAGGGUGAUGUAGCUUUUCGAGAAUCCAGCAAAUCCUAUGUGCAAUUUGCCAAUGAAAUAUUCAUUUAUGCCCAAGUAUUGCCUGAAUUUGAAAAACUGCUGAAAGAAUUGCAGUUAACCACCCAAAUAAACAUAAAUGAUUUAGUGCCUAAAUGUUAUAAAGCAGCAUAUGGUUAUAUAGAAGGCCUUUCUUCCUCUAAGGAUGAAGAAGAAGCUGCUCUGGUUUUGGAAAACCUCAAACCUUUGGGUUAUCAAAUGGGUCCUCGCCUUUGUUUGAAUCGUGAUCAUCUGUUAGCCAUGUGCAAACCAGUGGCCAAAUAUCAUGCUCUCUCCUAUGCCCUUAGAGCCUUGCAGCCCCUUCAAUUGGAUCAUCUAAAGUCUGGCCUUAAAGUUUUGCCUUUUGUCUGCCCUGCUCAUGAGGCUAAGCGUCAUCUCUACACUGUACUCUACCGUGUGGCCUUUGAGCGUUUUUAUGAUUUUUUUGAUCGUACUAUCGAUACAAAUACAUUUGAUAGGAAAUCUGCCAAGGAUUUAAAACUAAUCGAAGAUUUAAAAAAAUUAAAGGAGAAAUAUUUUAAUGAACCCCAUCAAUUGCUGGAGAAGUUGAGAACUAAAGUGGAGAAUAAUAAAGAGGAUAGAAAAUUUGCGGUAAUAUUACAUGGCGAUUAUAAUCGCAAUAAUGUAAUGUUUAAAUACUGCGAGGGUGGAGAAGGGGCGGAGCAAAAAGUGGAAAAUGUUAAAAUGAUUGAUUUUCAGGAAGUACGUUAUGGCUCCCCUGUACUGGACUUAAGUUUCUUUAUGUAUUUCAACUCCAGCGAAGAUAUACGUGCCGAUGUUUGGCCCGAGUUACUGGAAACCUAUCACUCGCAUAUGUUCCAUACAUUGGAGAUGAUUUUGAAAUCUACCAAUAAAUCGGACAGCGAAAUCAAAGAGAUUAUGAGCGACUAUUCCUAUGAGAAAUUUGAAGCGCAUUUUUCACGUUUUGCCUUUUAUGGGGUUAUGAUUUGUAUGCACUUCCUACCAUGGAUGCUAUGCAGUGAAGAUGAGUGUGCUCGUCUUUCCGAUUUAUUUGACAAGGAUAUUGGGGGUGAGGAAUUUCACAAACUCUCCAUAGAGGCUGGUGGUGAUGAGGUGAAUAGGAAGAUAUUGACAGCGAUAAGACAUGCCUCGGAAAUGGGUUACAUGGAUGAUUUGUAAUAUACUCAUAUGCACACAAAUGAUUUUUAUAGAAUUUAUAUCAAUUAUUAACAUUUAUAUAGUAUUUUUGUAUGGUGAAUAAUGUGUUUAUAACUUGUAUACACUUCCUAUAUAUACACACCCAAGUAUUUU